AUGAUGCUCACUUUGCGCAGAAACAGCGGUGAUGAUGUGUUCUACACCCCAUCUGGGGAAACUUCCCCGAAGAAACGAACCCAAUCGGCUAGGGAGACGAAAAAGAAGAAGAAAUUGGUACAUACGGGUUCGGUCCAUGAUGCUGAGGAGCUCCCGGAUAUUCGAAAACGCGGAUCCAGAAAGCUGAGUGAAGCCUUCAAGAGCUCCAGGGAGCUGCUUCUGAGGCGGAGAAGUUCCGCGAAAAAAGCUCCGCUUGUUCCGACUUUGUCGUGGGAUCCCGAAAAAUUGGAUGCAAAGCCGGAAUCGAACGGGAGUAGAAGUCGAAUACAUUCUGAUGGUUCCGAUAUUGUCGACAAUCAAAAUGGUCCACAGUCAGAGGGCAUCGAGGAACCCCGCUUUGAAUUGGAGGUAAGAAUUUUUUUGAAGUUAAUAGAGUUUUUUUUCUGUCGCUAAUA